GACUUCAUCGGUAGUGGGGUUAAGGACCUCCAUUGAGAUUGAUCCGUCUACACAUAGAUCUUCGAAUUUGUGUGGUGAAGCAAUUUUAUGGCGAUUACUUUUAGUUUGAUCCGUGACAAUGGUAUCAUUGGAAGAUAUUCAACGCUUAUUGUUGUAUUUGCAAUUUCAAUAGGAUAAUCUAAUUGUAUUUAUUCUCGUCUUCUUACCGUCGUUACCUUAAGAGAGAAACCUUGAACAUUGUACAUCGUCGACAUUCAUUAACUCGCUAACCGGAUGUUGUCUGGAGGUUUCGCAAGUAGGUCAAUCAGAUAAAGCCACGUAUCCGGCAAAAUGGUUUUUCUGCUAGUAAAAACUAAAGCCGUAUUCUUCAUCGGCUUUACAAUUGGUGGGAUUCUUGCACUGAUCUUAAUGUUAGCUGAAGAUUUAAUUAGUACCAAACCUGUUUGCAAUGUGAGACCAUCAAGAUUGUACAGAAAUCUAGAGGAAAAGGAGAGCGAGGUACAGGGACAGAGCUACCGAAAGUGGCUGCGCCUUCAAAAUGUAAAAAUCUCUAAAGCUGACAUGGAUGAAUUGAUGUAUGCCAAAAAAUACCAUACAGCAGCAACAAAUAGUCCAAUCUUAGAGUCAGAUUGGCUGAAAUCAAAAAUUCAUAUUACAUGUGUAGUAUUCGUCGAAAAGAUCAAGCUUGCCAAUGCCAUAAAAAAUACUUGGGCACCACAUUGCAACAGGAUAUAUUACUUCGGAGCUGAAAAGGAUAAACGAAUUCCUAUAAUCAAAUUCGACAUAAAACUUACAUCUUCUUGGCAACUUCUCUGUGAAUCAAUAAGAUAUAUCUGGCACGACGUAUCAAAUUAUAAAAUAUCCUUAGACACCCAAGCCAAAGACAAAAUAGAAUGGUUGAUUUUUGUGAAAGAUGAUACAAUGGUUAUACCAGAAAAUUUAAGGUACUUUGUAGCUCCGAUGGAUUUUGACAAAGGCUACUAUUUGGGUCACCCCAUCACUCUAUGGCAACAAGCGUAUAAUGUAGCACAGGCAGGCUAUGUCCUUAGCAAGGGCUCGUUUCUGAAAAUUGUAUCCAACUUCAAUACCACAGAAAAGUGUGCCACUGGUGGUAAAUAUUGGAAGAAAGAAGAUUAUGAUCUUGGAAAACACUUGGGGUCUAUGGGUAUUUAUCCAUUGGAUACUAGAAAUGAAGAUUUGAGUGGGAUCUUCCAUGGCUAUUCGCUACAAAGUCUUUUGUGGGGUGUAGCCAAAUCUGGUAGCUAUUGGACCCAUUCCCUAUAUCCUAUAGGGCCUGAUUGCUGCUCGCCUAGAUCGAUAACGUUCAGUGCAGGAGUGCCGGAUGAAAUGUACAACACAUAUUAUAUGCUUUACCGCCUUAAUGUUUACAAAGGGAAUGGUACUUACGGUAAUCAACCAGCGGCUACGGAUAUUCCGGACCAAGAGAUGUGGAAGAUUAUACUUGAGGAAGAAUUCAACAUCACUAAUAUAAAUAAAAUAUCCAGCCAGCAAUAUUACAAAAUUUGGCGCGAUAGAUACUCGGAACCAGAACAAUUCAUUAAGAAUAAUUACAAAAACAUGCCUGAUGUAUUGAGCUCACUACUCACAGCUUAUGAAGCUGAAAAAAAAUUAGAUCAAAAUAAUACAUUAAUAUAGUGAUGUGUUCUCAUGUAAUGGAUUUGAUGUAUUAAAUUCUCAGAUGCGUGAGGUAAGAAACAUUGUUCCUAGUCAAUGGAAUCUGAGGUGCUUACAAUUCCUUUGCAAACGUAUGUACAAUUGAGUUUAUUUAUUUGAAGGGAAGAUCCUAAUACAUAUAUUCAUAUAAAACUUAAAGAUAUAAUGUAAAAUGUAUCAAGACUCUUAAUGCUUAUUAAUACUAUUUAAAUAAUUCCAUAUUGUA